CACACUUUCACGAUGGCUUCCUACGCCUACGAGAUUACGACCAAAAUACUUUGAAAUGUUCAAAAAAAUAUUCUUCCUUUCUUUCCAGCAACAUUCUUCAAUUCAAUGUCCUGACUCCUCCCCCAUUAGUCUAAGCUCCAAGUCCACCCUUCCCCGCCUACCUUCUUCUUCUUCUUCCUCUUCUUCUUCAGUUUCAUCACCGCCAUAAGGGGCCAAAAAAAAUCAAUCACAGAAAACCCAGAAGGAUAUACUCAUCAAAAUUUGAUCUUUAGCUUUGUUGUGGGUUCAUCUUUUUUUUUUGGGGGGGGUAAAAAUGAAGGGCAGGACUAGCAGCAGUAGGAAAGUUGCUAUUCAUUGGAUUCCUGUUUUCUCUCUUGCUUUCUUUUUUAUUGGCAUGCACUUUACAAACAAAUGGUGGGUCCCGCCUGAAUCGAGCAGCCAGUUGCUGAGGCAACAAAGAAGGGAUCAGGAGCUUCAGAUCAUCUCUGAGGACUGUAAUACUAAGAAAAAGAAAUCGGGAGAACAGGACAACGAUGUGGUCCAAGAAGUUUAUAAAACCCAUGAGGCGAUUCAGACAUUGGAUAAGUCGAUUUCAAUGCUUCAGAUGGAGUUGGCAGCCAGAAGGAGCGGUAAGGACAUCAGGGAAACCGAUACUUCUUCUGCAUCUUCUCAAGAGAAGGUUCCAAGAAAGAAGGCGUUCGUAGUUAUUGGAAUUAAUACUGCUUUUAGUAGCAGGAAAAGGCGUGAUUCAGUUAGAGAGACAUGGAUGCCCCAAGGUGAAAAACUUGUCAAAUUAGAAGAAGAGAAGGGGAUCGUUGUUCGUUUCAUGAUUGGCCAUAGUGCAACAUCUAAUAGCAUAUUGGACCGAGCUAUUGAUUCAGAGGAAGCACAACAUAAGGAUUUCCUCAGGCUGGAACAUGUCGAAGGAUAUCAUGAGUUAUCAGCAAAAACAAAAAUUUUCUUUUCUACUGCUGUAGCUAAAUGGGAUGCUGAUUUUUAUGUGAAGGUUGAUGAUGAUGUCCACGUCAAUUUAGGCAUGCUCGCAGCAACUCUUGCACGACAUCGUUCAAAACCGAGAGUUUACAUCGGUUGUAUGAAAUCUGGGCCUGUACUUGCUCAAAGCAAUGUCAAGUACCAUGAGCCUGAGUACUGGAAAUUUGGAGAGGAUGGAAACAAAUACUUUAGACAUGCCACUGGACAGAUAUAUGCUAUUUCCAAGGAUUUAGCUACUUACAUUUCCAUCAACCAGUAAGAAACCCCUCAUUUCAGUUAAUACUAUGCUGCUGCUUUAGUUGUAAAGAGUCGUUCUAAACCAAAAUCAUUGUAGAAGUCUACCGGACAUCGUUAAAGUUGAUUCGUAUUGAAAUAUAGUAUGGUAAUGUAGUUGAAGUUGGACCACUAUAUUCAGUUUUCACUGGUAACUAAGUUGAAUAAACUUCAGCAGUGAGCCAAGUAGAUUCGUAUUGAUGCUAGUUUAUGUCGAGAAAGAUUUGUAAUCAAACUACUGCAGAUUAGUGGGUGAUAUGAUGUUGAAUUGUAACGUUCUCCAGGUGAAAGAAAGCAUAUAUCCUCUAAUAAGUUUGUUUAGGCAUUUUCACUAAACGGCCAUUGUGAUAAUUGUGAUUUUAGGCCCAUAUUGCACAAGUAUGCCAAUGAGGAUGUGUCGCUGGGUUCAUGGUUCAUUGGCCUCGAAGUUGAGCACAUUGAUGACCGCAGUAUGUGCUGUGCGACUCCUCCAGGUAUUCUUCAUUUGUGAUGUAAUGAGAACAAUGUUUAUAAAAAUAAUAUUUUACAAACCUGUUUUACUAUAACCGGAAAUGUGUUUGGAAAAUGCAUGAAAUUUGUUGUUGUGCGAUUUGCUACUAUUCUGCAGUCGUGGUGUAUGAUUUGUUAACAUUUGUUUUUUUUUUUUUGUUCCUUAAUUUGUUGAACUUGGCAGAAUGCGAGUGGAAGGCACAGGCUGGAAAUGUGUGUGUUGCCUCGUUUGAUUGGAGUUGUAGUGGGAUUUGCAAAUCGGUUGAAAGACUCAAAUUUGUACAUGAACGGUGUGGUGAAGGGGAAGAAGCAGUCUGGAAUGCUUUACUUUAGGUUUGUAUAUUGAUGCAGCUAGAUAGUCAAGAAGCUGACAACAAAAAUUUCCAUUUCAAUAGCCUUCAGUCGGCGAUGGAUGCGUUGGGCAGAAAGAACAUUGCGGUGGUAGAUGCCUUGGACAGAGACAAAAUCGCGGAUGCUUCAUGUGACUUUGGAUGAGUAUGCAGCACUGUCUCUGAGCGGCAAGGAUUGGAUUAAUUUUGGAGUAUUACAAUUUUGUUCUGUACAUGAGGAGAUAUUUACCGUCUGAGACUUCCUAGCAAUGAAUAGUUAUUGCAACAACAUUCUUCUUCUGCAGAAAAUUAUAUACCAUACCUUAGGUUGUUGAAAUCUGUACAAGGUGUCAAGGUCCUUGCUGCUGAACCUUUAGCCUUUUGGGGAGAGUUAGUAAGAUUUUUUUCUGUACUUGUAAUUGAAUAUCUUCCUUUUUCAAUCUAUGGUUAGUGUAUAGUUUUCUGAUUUUCCACUUCUUUUUUCCUUCCAUGGGGUUCUAAAUCUAAUUGUAAGUUUUGGUUUUGUGUUGCUGUAGUUAAUCAACUAACUAAUAAAUCUAUGUCAGUAGAAAGUUAAAAUGAGUAGCCAAGGUGUAUUUUUUAGGAUUUUGA